AUGAAGAAUAAAGAGCUUACGCUUGAAAGGCGCGUAGCCGAGGCUAUUAAAGCCAUUGAGGCAAAUCCCAAUAUGUCCCUUCGCGCUGCGGCUAAGGAAUUUGGGGUUCCACGCGAACGACUCCGCUUGCGAUUUCACGGCAUCCAACCUCGCAGCGGCCAUAAAGCAACGCAUACGAGGCUAUCGCCAGCUCAAGAGGACUCAAUCGAUCUGUAUAUCGAUCGUCUUGAGCGUAUAGGACUUGCGGUGCGGAAGGACUUAUUACGCGAUGCAGCAAAUCGGGUUCUAAGCUCCACGGUCGGCCCUGAUGGUACCCGCAACGAACCCUUCGACUCCCAAUGCUUUGUUGGCAAAAACUGGAUAUCCCGUUUUAUUAAACGCAAGGGAUAUCAUAUUAUGAAGCAAAAGGUACUCGAUAACCAACGCAAGCUUGCCGAAUCAGUCCCGCACGUUACCGAGUACUUCAAGAAGCUCCACGAGACGAUUGCCUCGUACGGGAUUAACCCGGCUGAUAUCUGGAAUAUGGACGAGACGGGCUUCCGUAUUGGUAUUGGCAGGGACCAAGUUGUCGUCACGAAAUCAAGGCGAUCGCAAUACUUUGGUAUUGAGGAAAACAGGGAGUCGGCAACAGCCGUUGAAGCGAUUUCUGCCGAUGGUCGAUACAUCCCUGCGUUUUGA